AUGUCGAGCACGGUGGUCGUGGUGGCCCCAUCCUCCAAGUCAGCCGUGGUGGCUCAGCUGGCGCUACUGCUGGGUGUCCGCAAGUCGACCAAGUUUAAGCUCGGCAUCGCCGCUGCGACAGCGGGUCUGUUGGCCUAUCAUGCUAGCCGCAGCCUGCGACAAGACAGACGGUCACUGUCGGGAAGGCCAGAGAUUCCCCGCCCCAAGAAAUCCCUGGCCACCGGCUCCGCCCGGAAGCCACGCCCCGCCUCGCAGCGCCGCGCCCUGCAGCGCCUGCUGCCCCUGCUCCUCCGCGUGGCUGGGCCCAAGGUGGUGGUGCUGCUGGGGGUGGUGCUGGCGCGCACCGCGCUGUCCAACCGCCUGGCACGCCUGCAGGGCUACCUCUUCCGCGCAGCCUUCCUCAAGCGCGUGCCGCUGUUCAUGCGCAACCUGGCGGAGAAUGUGGCCCUCUGCGCGCUGGCGGCGGGGCUGGAGUCGACAUCGCGGAGCUGGGUGUCGCGGCUGGAGCUGCAGUGGCGCCGCCUGCUGACGCAGCGCGUGCACGCGGCCUACUUUGACGACAUGGUCUACUACAAGCUGAGCUACGUGGACCGCCGCAUCCCCUCCGCAGAGCAGCGCAUCUGCGAGGACAUCCCCGCCCUCACCGAGGGCCUGGCCUCCCUGCUGGGCGAGCUGCUGUCGGCGGGUGUGGACGCCGCCUUCUACUCCUGGGCCCUGCACAGCUACACGGGCACGCACCGCUACACCGCGCUGCUCCUGGCCUAUGUGGUCGGCGUGGGCGGCGCCAUGGCCUUUGCCGCGCCCAACUUCGGCGGGCUGUUCAAGCGCCAGGCGGCGCUGGAGGGCGCGUAUCGCGCGGUGCACACGCGCCUGCGCGCCAACAUCGAGAGCGUAGCCUUCUACGCCGGCAUGCAUAAGGAGGGCGAGGUGGUGCGUGGUGCAUUCCGCGACUCGCUGCGCGCGCAGCGCCGCCUGCUGGGCCGGCAGUGGCAGUUUGGCAUGGUGCAGGACCUGCUGCUCAAGUACUUUGGCGCCACGGUGGCCCUGGCCCUCAUCCUGGGCCCCUUCUUCGGCGGCCACCUCCGCCCCGAGGCCACGGUCAGGGGGCGGGCGGGCAUGCUGUCGGCCAUGCGCUACCACACCUCGGUCACCAUCUCCCUAUUUGGCGCGCUGGGCACGCUGGGCGGCGCCUCGCGCAAGCUCAUGCGCCUGCAGGCCUACGCGGAGCGCCUGGCGGAGCUGGAGGCAGUGAUGGCGGAGAUUGCGGGCGGCGCGGGCAUGGGGUCGGAGGGCCUGCCCCCCGCCCGCGGCCAGCUGCUGGCCUGCGAGGACGCCAUCGCCUUCGAGUCGGUGGUGGUGGUCACCCCCGCCAACGCCACGCUGGUGCGCGACCUCACCCUGCGCGUCCCUGCCGGCACCAACCUGCUGGUCACCGGUCCCAAUGGCGCGGGGAAGAGCAGCCUGUUCCGCAUCUUCUACGUCCCGCAGCGCCCCUACGUCACCGUGGGCACGCUGCAGGAGCAGCUGCUAUACCCGCUGACCCCCGGCACCGGCGGCACGGCGCCGGUCAUCCCGGACGACGAGCUGGCCGACCUGCUGGCCAGCGUCGACCUGGGGCACCUGCUGGCGCGCGGCGGGGAGUCCCUGGACUGGGGCGAGGAGCUGUCACUGGGCGAGCAGCAGCGCUUGGGCAUGGCGCGCCUGUUCUACCACCGCCCGCGCUUCGCCAUCCUGGACGAGUGCACCAGCGGCGUGAGCGUGGACAUGGAGCGCCGCUUCUGCAGCAUGGUGCGCGAUGCGGGGUGCACCUGCAUCACCAUCAGCCACCGGCCCGCGCUCAUGGCCUUCCACGACCUCGUCCUGGCGCUGGACGGUGAGGGCGGGUGGAGCGUGCACGCCGGGCACCGCGCGCUGGGGGCGUCGGGCGCCGGGCGAGGCGGUGCUGGUCCCGCUGGCGGUGGUGGCAGCGGCGCCAGCGGCGCGCCGGCCCCCACCCCAAUGCUCUCUGGCAGCGUGGACGCCGAGGCGAGCGCGCGGGUGCGCAGCGCCGAGGCGAGCGCCGUGCUGGCCGGCAUGACGGCCGGCGGGGAGGUUCGACGUGAGAGCGCCGUUCCCGAGCGCGCCGCGUCCGAUUCCGACGCGUCGUCGGCGGAGCUGGAGGUCGUGGCGCGCGCGCCCUCGCGCUCCGCAAUCGGCGGCGCGGCCUGCGCCGCCGACUGGUCGCCCUGCCGCGCCCUGCGCCCCGGGCCCCUCUCCACGCUGGCGCGAUGGCGGCUGGUGGGCGGCGUGCUGCUGGGCCGCGACCCGCGCGGCUCGGCGCUGGGCCUAGGCGCAGUGGCGGGCGUGGUGGCGCUGCGCACGCUGCUCCAGGACCGCAUCGCCAACCUGAACGGCGAGGCGGUGCACCACGUGCUGCGCCAGGAUGUGCGCAGCUUCCUCUGGCUCCUGGGCGUCAGCGCGGCGCAGGGCUGCGCCUCGGCCGUGCUGGCGCCCAGCCUGCGCCACAUCGCCGACCUGCUGGCGCUGAGCUGGCGCGCGCGCCUGACGCGCGCGGCCUCUGACCGCUACCUCGCCCCUGGGGCGACGGGGUACACCGCGGUGCAGCUGGCGGGGCUGGGCGACGUGGACCAGCGCCUGACGCGCGAUGUGGAGCGGCUGAGCCGCGACCUGGCCGCCCUCAUCCCCACCCUGGUCAAGCCCGUGCUGGACAUCACCUGGUUCUCCGCCCGCCUCUGGGCCAUGACGGGGCGCCGCGGCGCGGCCAUCCUGUACCUCUACGCCGCGCUGGGGUACGGCACGCUGCGCCUACUGACCCCGGACUUUGGCGCGCUGCUCCGCCGCGAGUAUGAGCUGGAGGGCGGGUUCCGAGGCGCGCACUCGCGCCUGCGCACACACGCCGAGAGCGUGGCCUUCUUUGGCGGUGGCGCGCGCGAGGGCGGCGCCGUCGUGGCGCGCUUCGACGCCAUGACCGCCCACCUUCGCGGGCUGAUCGCGCAGCGCUGGGCCUACGGCACCGCCGACGAGUUCUUCUCCAAGCAGCUGCCGCACAAUGUCACCUGGGUGCUCACCCUCCUCUACAGCCUGGACCAGCAAGACGACCUCAGCGACGAUAUGGUGCAGGGACACCUGGUGCACCAAAUCAGGUACCUGGCCUCCGUGGUCACCUCCUCCUUCUCCGCCUUUGGCGACCUGUUGGCCAUGCCCAGGAAGUUUGCUGAGAUCUCCGGCGGCAUCGCGCGUGUCAGCGAGAUGUUCCAGGUGCUGGACGCUGCCUCGCGCUUCGACAGCCGCGCCUCGCUGGCCGAGCUGGAGGGCGCACUGCCGGACAGCAUCGAGUUCCGGAACGCCGACAUCCUCACGCCGGGCGGGCGGAUGCUGGCGCGGGACCUCUCCUUCCGUGUGACCCCGGGCCACCCGCUCCUGGUCACAGGGCCAAACGGCGUGGGCAAGACCAGCCUGUUCCGCAUCCUGAGCGGGCUCUGGCCGCUAGCUGCAGGGGCCAUGCACCGGCCGGGGGCUGCGGGGGCGGGCCUGGACUCCUCCGACAUCUACUACGUGCCGCAGCGGCCAUACACCACCAUCGGCACGCUCCGCGACCAGAUCAUCUACCCGCUAACCGCCCGCCAGGCGUACCAGAGGUACUCCAUCACCGACAGCUCAGAGGAUGCCGCGCAGCAGCUGGAUGCUGAGCUGGAUGACCUGAUGGGGGUGGUGCACCUCAAGUACCUCGUCAGCCGCGAGGGUGGAUGGGACGCUUCGCGGGAGUGGGGCGAGACCCUCUCUCUAGGUGAGCAGCAGCGGGUGGGCAUGGCCCGCCUGUUCUUCCACAAGCCGCGCUUCGGCAUCCUGGACGAGUGCACCAACGCCACGAGUGUGGACGUGGAGGAGUCGCUGUACCAGCACGCCACCAGCCUGGGCAUCACCCUCAUCACCAUCUCCCAGCGCACGGCGCUGGUAAAGUACCACGAGCACGAGCUGCGGCUCCUGGACGGCCAGGGCGGCUGGGAGCUGCGCAAGCUCAGGGCCUGA